AAAAUUUAUAAAUUUUAAAAUGGAAUUUCCAAAUUUCGGUAAACAAUGCACCCAUAAAGAUUGCAAACAAUUAGAUUUUUUACCCGUUGAAUGCGAUCAUUGUCGAGCUCUGUUUUGUAAAGACCAUUCAAGAGUUGACAGUCAUCAAUGUGUUCCAGUUGAAAAUGUUGAUAAUUCUGGAAAAAAACUGGAAACCGUUUGGUUUAAAUGUACACUUGAGAAUUGUAUCACAAGAAAUCCAUGUGAAAUGUUGUGUCCAAAAUGUAGUAAACAUUACUGUCUGGCUCAUAGACAUCAUGGGUGUCUUGAUGAACUUCCUGGAAAAGAGGUUAGAAAAGUUUUGAGAGAAGCAGCUAAAAAGUCUAAAGAACAAUUUGCAAUUGUUAAGGAAGAAGCUGAUAAAAAAAUCGAAGCUAGUUUAAGACAAGCAGAGUUGCAACCGGAAAAAAGACGUAUGGCUCAACAAAUCCGUCUAAUGAAACUUAAAGGAAAAGCUCUGGGUGAUAAUAAAAUACCAAUCAAUGAUAGGGUUUAUUUUACCAUUCACUCACCAAUGAAAGACAACAAUGCUAUUUCAGUUGUACCUUUAUUUACUAGUAAAACAUGGACAGUUGGUCGAACUAUAGAUUUAUUUGCUGUUCGUUUGAAAAUAGAAAAUCGAAAUGAUAAAAGUAAUACACCUAAAUUACGUUUAUUCAAAUUAGAAGAUGGUGAACACUUAUCAAAUCAAAUGGAUCGUGUAAUUGGUCGUAUGGUAACUGAUGGACUAUUAUUUAAUGGUGAUUCUUUAAUUCUUCAUUAUGUAGACACUUCAAAAAAUCCUGUUGAAAUAGAACCUGAUAUUUUAGUGAAGUACAAACUAUCCAGUGUUUAAAAAAAGAUUAUUUUUUAAUAUAUAUAUAUAUAUAUAUUCUAA